AUGACAAUACGAGCAAUACCACAGGUCUCCGUCGGCCGGAACGGCCUCGGUGCAUUCAUCCUCCAGUGCCGCAAGCUGGACUUUCACUACUGCGACUGGGCCGGCAGCUCCCGGGGAAUGAACCUCUUUAUCAAGCAGAAGCUCCAGAAGUUCGCCGCCCAGAACCCCCAGAUCGAGUUUACCGUGUCGCCGCGACCGUCGCGCCAUCCCGUCAUUGUCGGUACCUACAUCACCGGCCAGGAGCGCGCGAUUUGCGUGCGCAACCUGGACGCGAACCAGAUCCUGAAGAAAGCCGAGAUGCUGCGCGACGCGACUGGCGAGAAGAACAAGAAGUUUAGCAAGCCUGUGAGCAGUAUCAACGAGAGUGUGCGUGGCGUCUGGUCGCCAUACCACGGCCACGGCAUGAAGGUGUAG